AUGUUAUACAAUGGUUCCAUGUCGGAUGAUGUUCCAAGUACAAAACAGUUAAAUAUCCUUCGCACAUCAACAUUGACACCUAGUGGUGAAUUUGAAAAUGAAACUUUACUUAAACACAUUGUACCUUGGCAACAAAAGACUGUACGAAUUGCUUUGAAUAUGUUACGCUUUAUCAGUGCUAGUGUAGUGCAACCACAACGAUUUGGAAGUUUUGUACUCGGUUUAACUUAUUCGGAUGAUUUUACUUGGGAUCAAGUAAAUUAUCUUUUUUCACCGGAAAAUAAUGGUGUAUAUCGUUCGUUGACAUUGUUCAAAAAUGGUGAUAGUGUCAAAGAUACGGUAUCAUUUUUUAUUGUCGAUAUUAAUGCAAACUGGACUUUGGUACCAGAUUUAUUGAUUAUAACUACAACGAAAAGUUCAUGGGAUGGUCUCUUUUCAUCAACACAUCAAACAAUUCAAGAAGUACCACAUGCUUCAACAUUGGAUGAAGCUACCAAAUUACAACAAUUCUUUAUAUAUGCCGCACUCGGAAAUAUUGCUAGUACUUUUGGCACUAACUUUACUUUUCCAACAUCAGAAAAUAUUUUAUUCAAUAUCGCUUUUUUUACUCUUCUGAAAAAACUUAUUCAUCUUAUGUUUGCUUGUUUUUUUUCCAAUAUAGCAAACGAAUAA